AUGGUCCCCGCGAAGAAAAAGAAGCCCGACCACUCCUUGGUGGUCACGUGGAUCGGGUCGAAGACGCCGAGAAACAGGACCGAGGUGAUCGGGUUGACGAAAUGGAUGCAAACAAUCAGCCCCAGCUGUCCGAAGCAGGCCGCGCUCGCCCAGGCUUUCGCGCGAUUCGUCCACAGAGCUGGCCUGGCGACCUCCUACGCCGAUUACUACGAGGCGUUCUUCAAACCCUUCUGCGACACCACGGUGAAUUCGGCGUGGAAGCGGGCGACGUCGGCUAAGGUGAAAGCGAAGCCCACGGCUGCCCAGUUCUGCAAGGACAAUUUGUCUCUCGUGGUGUCGGCGAUGCCAGAGGAGCCGUUGAAGAAGGUGUUGGGUUGCAACGGGGACUGCGGCACCGUCUUGUCGGAGCUGAACACUGUGAUCGGCAGUGGCGACGCGGGCAUGGCGAUGUGGCCGUUCGCUUUGCUGACAGUCCUUGGUAAGAAGGUCGACGGCAUCAUCGAAGAGGAGGCGGUCAAGUGGGGCAAGGCAGGUCCUUUGACGCAGGAGAGCCUCCAGCAGCAGAAGACCGACAUCAUCGCGAAGGUGGCCGACAUCGAGAAUAACGAGCUCUUGCCCGCGAGUCGGGCCGUGGAGUUCACGGUCGCGGGCACCAAGUUCACCUUCGACGUGGAGUCGCUGGCUCACCACGUGAGUUUGCAGUUGUCAUUCGUGUGGAGGCCGAUCGCCACGAACGCGAAUCUCUUGGAGAAGCUAUUCUGUUACGACGCGGUGCUCCCGAACCCUCGGCCGAUUUCGGAUGUCAGGGUCAGCGAGUGUCUGUAUGGGGGCCCGAAUGCCGCGCGGAAGGGAGCCAACAAAGCCUUCCGCGAGUCUGGUGACCUGACCGGGGAGCAGACGCGGAACACGAUGAAGAAGAUCAAGGCCAGCUUCGUGGUCUCGGACCCUGACUUCGACGCGGACGCGCUGUUGAUCAUGUCCGUGGGCGGUGACAAUGGGUACGUGCGCCUGGUCGUGGCCAUGGAGAAGCUCUUCCCCACGGCGGGCGGGCAGAAGAAUGUCGAGACCGUCUUGCACGAGAUCGCCGCCAUGGUGAAUGAUAACAUUUACAAGCUCGCCUCCAAGGCCGCCCAGGUUAUGCAUGAUGCAGUCAAGAAGGUGCUGUGCUCCCUUGUCGAUGCGAAGUGUCCUGAGCUCGGAUCUCUGGAGGCCGAGCCGAAGGUCAAGGGGCUCGUCGACAAGUUCGAUUAUUUUGUCCGGUUCACCGAGUCGUCUGGCCAGGGCUCCAAGGGGAGGGUGCUGACCGGCCUCGCCGCAAUGAAGGCCAAGCUGCAGCAGGUGACCGAGAAGAAGGCCCAGGGCCCCGUGACGAAGGCCGACGUGGAGGAGCUCGAGACCUACAUGUUCCUUGUGCCAGACUCUGACAAAGCGAACUUCUUGGCCAUAAUCAAAGAGGCGAACGACAGCCAGUCGGCCCAUCUCCAGAAGGCAGCGAAAGCGAAAAAGGGGGCCUCAUCAAAGAAGGACAAGGCGGUGUCCGAGGCGAUGGCGAUGUUCACCUGA